CUUCCUCCAAGCGCCUAUUAUUUUUCCCUCUCAUCCUAAUGCCCCUAGUCAUUUUAUCAAAAUAUUUAUCUUCUGCAACAUAAUGCCAAAAUCUUCUGUCCAUCAAGUGCCUGUCUCGAGCCUUCCUGGUUCCUUGCCGAGCAUCAAUAUGCCGUUGGAUACAGAUCCUAAAUUGGUAGCUUCAUCGAUUCCCUUAAAUCUCGAAGGUCUGAACGAGAGCAACUUGGCCCAAGAGGCAUUGUGGAGGGAUUCUUUCGCUUUGACUGGGACCUUGCGAACCCUCUAUUCCCCUGCCUGCAUCAUUCCUGUAUGGCGAGAAGUAUGCAACAGAAGGAGCCCGACAUCUUUCGAAUUGAAGAUCCAAAGUGCGAAUAUAGUUCGGAUCGGAGAGCUGGCAUCUUGGGUGGAUGCUCCUUUCACUUUCAAGACUGCUUCAACUCCCAGGACGACAUGUAGUGGGAUUUUUUCGCUCGUGCCUGCCUCAUCUGGGACCUGGAAGAUAUGGGUAAUAAGGACAAUACUUGAGCAACUAGACGGGGAAAACGAUGUCGACAAACUUCGAGCUUGCGAGCAACCCUUUAAUAGGACGAUGUCUACGCUAAAUGCAAACUGUACCGCAAACGGCGAGGACAAUCCAUCCAGUUUUGAUGUUGUAAUUGUCGGUGGAGGGCAAGCAGGCUUGAGUGUUGCUGGCAGAAUGAAAGCGCUAGACAUAUCCUACGUAGUGAUGGAGAAAAAUCAAGAAGUAGGCGACAAUUGGAAACUCCGGUAUGGAUCGGCCAGACUUCAUACUAUCCGCCAGUAUUCCCAUCUGCCGUUUAACCGCACCUUCCCUUCUCAUUACCAAGAGUGGUUGACCAAAGACGACUUGGCACAAGGCUACAAGGACUGGGUAAAGACUUACAAUAUUAACAUUUGGCUUUCAACUAGACUUUUGUGCGGUAAAUGGGACCAUACGUCCAGGCGAUGGACACUCCAAGUUCAGCGAGAUGGUUCGCAUCACGAAAUCAGCUCAUCUUAUGUUAUUCUCGCCGUUGGAGCUGGAGGCCAGAUUGCAGUGAUGCCAGACUAUCCGGAUCGCGAUCAUUUCAAAGGAACAGUCCUGCACUCUGCUGAAUACACAGAUCCUUCAAGCUUUAAGGAAAAGAAUGGCAUUGUAGUCGGCACCGCAAACACCGCGCAUGAUGUCGCAGAAGAUAUGCUCGUGGCUGGACUCGCCUCUGUGACCAUGGUUCAACGAUCUCCAACCUACGUCCUCCCGUACGAAUAUUACCAAAGAGUCCAAGAGCUUCUAUACAAUGAAAAUGUCAGUACUGAUUACGCAGACCGCAUGAGCUUCUCCAACCCGCUUUCGAUCAGCCGACUACUCGCUCUCACUUGCUUACACGCAGCUGCUCGCGAGGAACCAGAGCGGUUCGAUGCACUUGAAGCAUCUGGCUUCAAGUUGGAGAGGUACGGCGACAUCACCCAUUAUAUUUACGAGAGAAUGGGUGGUCAUUAUAUGGAUGUCGGGGCUUCGAAGAAAAUUGCAGAUGGUUUGAUCAAGAUUAAAACAGAUGCUUUGCCUGUCAGGUACACGCCCAAUGGGUUAAAAUUCGAGGACGGAGAGGAGCUUCCCGCAGACCUUAUUGUGUUUGCGACCGGAUUUGAGAGAAGCAUGACGAGAGUCGUUCGGCAAUUCUUUGGUGAGGAUGUUGCGCAGCAGGUAAAUGAUUUCUGGGGAGUCGACGAAGAAGGGGAAUUGAUAGGAGCCUUCAAACCAAAUGGGCAUCCCGGGCUUUGGUAUCACGGUGGUACUCUUGGGCAUGCAAGGUACUGUUCCCGGUUUAUCGCGUUGAGCAUUCGCGCGAUGCUGAACGAGAGCCCCAUUCCUGUUUACGGGCGCAAUGGUUAUGAUGACCCCUUUAAUGUCUAACAAUGCUUUAUCGUAGAGAUUGUAGCCUUGAGGGUGUCUUAAGUCAAUUAAGAGGACAAUUGUG